AUGAUGAGACCAACGAAGUUUUUCGCAUUUCUUCUCGCCGGCACUACUUUCGCAGCCACACUACCAAGCCAAGAUUCCUUCUACCGACAACCCGAAAACAUCUCCUCCUACAAACCAGGCCAAAUCAUCACCUCCCGCAAGGCCGGGACAAACCUCCAGGGCAUCCUCCCCUUCGGGCCAACCCCCAACGUCGAAAACGCAAUGCAAUACCUCUACCGAACAACGGACAGCCUGAACAACCCCGUAGCAGCAGUCGCCACACUCCUGAUGCCAUCCCGGAACGCGGACCCGGAGAAACUGCUCGUCUUCCAGGCGAUCUAUGAUUCGGCGAAUAACGAUUGUAGCCCGUCGUAUGCCUGGUUGGCUGGAGCGAAUACGACGUCGGCGUUUGAUGUUGUGUUUGUCACCAGUGCGUUGGACAAGGGAUGGUAUGUUCUCGCGGCGGAUUAUCAGGGUUUGGAGGCGCAGUUUACGGCGGGGGUGAUGGCGGGCCAUGCGGUUCUCGAUGGUGUGCGGGCUGCUUUCAAUGGGGCGGGCGAGACGAGGUUGAGUCUGCAGGCGAGAUACGCUAUGUGGUAUGUAUUGAUCAGAAAGUUUGGACAGCUCGCUUUGCUGAGAGCUAAUCGAGAGCUUUUCAGGGGCUACUCUGGAGGCGGUCUUGCGACCGAAUGGGUGAGUGAUCAACGCUGUUACUUAUUCGAUAGCGGCUGAUGAUGAGAACGAGGCCGUGGAAUUGCAAAAAUGCUACGCCCCCGAACUCCAUUUCGAAGGAGCUGCCCUGGGAGGACUUACUCCAUACAUCGAAAAGGUCAUCAAAACCAUCAGCGGAUCAGCAGAUGCAGGCAUCGGACUGGCGGGCAUCAAAGGCCUCAGCAAGGCCUACCCGAGGCUGGGCGAAUGGCUAGACCGGAGCAUCGUUCCCGAGAAGAAAGCCCUCUUCGAACACGUCACCCACGGCUGUCUCCUCGAAGAAGAACUCGGAGCCAAGGACCUGGACAUCUUCAGCUUCUUCCAGCAAGGCCCCGAAGUCUUCGACGAGCCCGCCGUCAAGGAAGCCCUCCAGGCAGGCGGGACCAUGGGCGUCCACGGCAUCCCACAAAUGCCCCUCUUCGUCUACGAGGGCGAAAAGGAUCGCGUGGAAGCACCCAAGGACACGGAAGCUCUCGUCGCCCACUUCUGCCAGCAUGAAGGCGUCACGAUCCAGUAUCAGAAAGCAAGACUGCUCAGUCAUCCCGGGGAAGACGUCUUCGGCUCCGUGGACGCUCUGCCAUGGGUCCAGGAUCGACUGGAAGGCAAAGAGAUCACGAACCACGGGUGCACGUCGGGUAAGGUCACUUUGUUUGGUCUUGACGGGGCUUCGGUCCGGGCUCUCGGGUCGGAUUUGGCGGCUGUUGCGGCGGAUUUGCUGGGUAGUGAUCUGGGGCCUUUUGGAUGGGGUUAG